CAUGGCGGGGCCUCGGAGCCAAGACGAGCUGCUUAAAGAAGUACUUCAAUCAACCGUAGAAUAUGAGAAGUGAUUUAAACAAUUAGAUAUUAAGAUCUACCUCAGAGUCAUUGUGAGGAUUACAUGAAGUAACUUGUAAAGUUCUCAAAGAGCAAAGAGGGGAAAAGAGAAAAAAUGCUGCUAUGAAGACAUAAUUAUAGCUUUCACAUAAAUGAAGCUACAACUAUCAUGAUUUAGUGCUCCAAAAAGGAAGAACUUCAGUGGACAAGAGAGGGCAUUUUGGGGGGUUGUAGAAUGCUUGAGGCCUGGAAUUUAAACUUGAGCUACUGUCUGAAGCUAUUAAAUAAUAGAAGAAAAUGGAAUUGAAUAUGAUAUCAACAUGGAACAGUCUAAUGAUUCAUUAGUAGUCAACCAUAAUGAUUCCGAAGAUUCGAAAACAGAUUCUCAGCAUCCAGCUUGUAUGGACUCCAGAGAUCCUUCCUUUGGACAAAAUGGUUCCAGUAGAAUUUUACCCUUUACUACUCAUGAAGCAAAUAAUUCACUCACAUCACAGAAUAUACCAGGAUCCCUGACUCAUGCACAGACUCUUUCUGCAGAGCAGUUCCACAUAGUGGACCAAAAUGGGCAACCUAUUCAAUAUGAACUUCAGUCAUUGGGGGAUUCUAAUGCACAAAUGAUGAUAGUUGCCAGCCCAUCAGAAAAUGGACAGGUGCUUCGUGUUAUUCCAUCUACCCAGACAGGAAUGGCACAAGUAAUUAUACCUCAGGGGCAGCUUGUGGAUGUGAACAGUCCUCGGGAUGCCUCUGAAGAAAAACCCAGCGACAGAAACUUACCAACUGUAAAAGUGGAUGCUCUAGCAGACAAUAACAGUAGUUACAUUCUUCAUCCACAAGCAUCUCUCACAUUGUCCAAAAAGACAGUGACCAGAAUUCUUGAAGAACCCUUUCUGGCUCCUCUGCAGCCACUUUCUUCUAACACACCUAUAUGGGCCUGCCGUCUCAGGAGCUGUGAGAAAAUUGGAGAUUCAUACCGUGGCUACUGUGUAAGUGAGACUGAAUUAGAAAGUGUCUUAACAUUUCACAAGCAGGAAACACAGAGUGUUUGGGGAACCCGCCAAUCUCCUAGCCCAGCCAAGCCAGCUUCACGUUUGAUGUGGAAAUCCCAGUAUGUCCCAUAUGAUGGAAUCCCAUUUGUCAAUGCAGGUAGUAGAGCGGUGGUAAUGGAGUGUCAAUAUGGGCCACGGAGGAAAGGUUUCCAGUUAAAAAAGAUCAGUGAACAGGAAAGCAGGUCUUCUCAGCUCUACAAAGCUACUUGUCCAGCCCGGAUUUACAUUAAAAAGGUACAAAAGUUUCCUGAAUACAGAGUUCCUACAGACCCCAAAAUUGAUAGGAAAAUAAUUCGAAUGGAGCAAGAGAAAGCCUUUAACAUGCUAAAGAAGAACUUGGUAGAUGCUGGUGGUAUUCUUAGGUGGUAUGUACAGUUACCUACACAACAAGCUCAUCAGUAUCACGAAUUAGAGACCCCCUCCCUCCCUUUAUCACCUUCCCCUUUUCCUGUGUCCUCCCUAGAAGAAGAGGAGACUGCAAUUAGAGAUGAGAAUUGUACAUUACCCUCACGUCUACAUCCUCAAGUAGCACAUAAGAUUCAAGAAUUAGUAUCACAGGGAAUAGAACAAGUGUAUGCAGUAAGGAAACAGCUAAGAAAAUUUGUGGAAAGGGAACUCUUCAAACCUGAUGAAGUACCUGAAAGACAUAAUUUAUCUUUUUUUCCAACUGUGAAUGAUAUAAAAAAUCACAUCCAUGAAGUACAGAAAUCCUUGAGAAAUGGAGAUAAUGUAUAUAACUCAGAGAUUAUUCCAGCAACGCUUCAAUGGACUACAGAUAGUGGGAAUAUUCUCAGAGAGACUGUGACAGUUACAUUUGCAGAAGGAAAUUCAGCAGGGGAAUCAACUACCACCAGAAUGGAAACAAAUCAGACAAGGGGUUCUUUGUCUCCAGAACCAGCCCACUUGCUCUCCUCACUUUCCUCGUUUCAGCCAAAAAUAUUCACACAACUACAGGGUUUGCAGUUGCAACCAAGAUUCACUUCUGAUGGAUCACCGGCUCUGAUACCAGUAAAUAACCACCCCUCCUCCAGUCCUUCAAGACUUCUGGAUUCAGUAGGAAGUGCUGUAAUGAAUAAUAAUUCUCUACUGCUUGGUCAAAGUCAUAGCCUUCAAACAGAUACAUGCCUAACCCAAAACAAUAGUGUCGCCUCUACCAUGGGUAACCUUCCGGAACCAGAUCAAACUCUGGUUGCAAUGGAUCAGCUGGUGGAAGUUGGAGAUGUUGAGGAUACAGAGAACCUGGAAGGAAAUGUUCAUCGGAUUCUACUGGGCAAUGUGCACACCAUUCCAAUACAGAUUAUAGGCAACAACCCAGCUCUUAUUGAAGAAAAUCCAGAAGGUACCAUUUCUGUGACUCAAGUUAAGCAAGAACCCAAAGAACCAGCAUUGUCUGUGGAAGCAAAAAAAAAAUUGGACUCUAAGAAAUUAUCUGCAACAUAAACUUCUGAAGCUUUUCGGAAUUUUACAACUCUGGUGACUUCUGGUGAUAUCAUAGAAAAGAAGGUGAAUAUUGUCAAAGAGCAGCAUUAUGAUAAGUGGACUGAAGACUGGUUUGAUGAGCAGCUUUGAUUUAAAACUGCUAUAUUUGUUGCCAAUUCCAUAUUUUUACCUUAAGAGAUAUUUUGCUCCUCUUAUUUUGUAUGAUUCUUACGCUUUUUGAGUCUCUGAUAGGCCAGUGUUUCUAAAGAUCAUCUGAACUUAUCCAUGGUGACAUAGUCUGAACACAAAUAGUUAUCUAACUCAUCCCCUGGAAAUACCAAUUUUGGCUCUUAAAAGAUGAAAAAAACAACA